GACAGGGAAUUCUAACGUACGUUUGAUGAGCAUGUCUCUCUGUGCUUAUCUGUAAUUCAAAUUCCAUCGGUUAAUUGGCGGGCAAAACAAAACAAAUAAAUUGGCGUGACAGCUGAGAAAAUUAGUUUUGCUUGAGUAUCUUCAGGCUUUUCCGGCCUGCUGUAAGCGGGCACACUACUUUUUGCGAAAAGUUCGAGCGCGUGGUAUUUUAUGCCGCACGCUUUAUUUCGCCACUGGGAGAAGGUUUUGGUGUCUAGUUACUAACUAAGAGUGCGACUAGUGAUUGUGCUAGUGCACCCCAUCCCGGGUAAUCCAUUUCGAUGUCUGAGGGCAGUGGAAGCGAAAAUGCAGCCGGAGCAGCGGCUGCGGCAGAGACAGAGGCGGCGACGGACGCAGCGGCCGAGGCAGAGGCUGCGACGGAGGCAGCGCUGAUGGCAGAGGCUGUUGCAGUGGCUUACCAGAGCGAAGAUGAGGAGGAGGCGGACGCCGAGGAGGACCAGGAUGCAGAUGCUGCCGGGGAUCGGGAUCAGGAGGAGGAGCCCGCCGAACAGCAGGACGAGGUGGAUCCGGAGGCCGAGGAGGAAGCCGAUGCAGAGGGCGAUGCCAUGAGUGUGGAAAACGAGAGCGACAGCGGUGGAAAUCCGGAGGAAACUGCUGCCGCCGACCGCCGGCAGGCCACCAAAAAGGAGCUCACCCAGAUCAUCGACAAGUGGGAGCAGCAGCAGACCCAGAAUGGCUACGACCCAGUGCCAACUCUGAGAAGCCUGGCAGAGAUAUUUGAGCGGGAAAAGGACGUGUACCGACGCAAGGACCCGGAUCCGUUGGAUUCGCGACAUCCAUACAGAGCGGAUCCCAGCUGCCAGUACGGACUGCUGCUCAAGCUGCUCUUCCGCAGGGACACCUUUAUGGGCAAACUACUCAACGAUUACUUGCGAGAGAACUACUUCAGUCGCCAGAACGUCAGCCGAAGUUCUCUGGAGUUGAACAUCCUAGCCUGCCGCCUCAUCCUGGAGAUAAUGCCUGGCAUGGAGACCUCAGCCGUCUUCCAGACCGCCGAAGGUGACGGAACCAUCAACCGCAUCUACUCCUGGGCGGAGGACAGCAUUGAACCCCUGCAGAGCUAUGCCACCGGACUUCUGGCCGAGGCCAUGGAAGUGAGCGACAUUGCCAUCAAUUUCCGCGAUCAGAACAUGCGCUUGGUGCCCAAGAUGAUCAAGCGCCUGCACAUGCUGCUGGCCAUCAGCAAGAGCGCCACUCCGGAUGCCAACACGUCGCAGCACAAUCAGUCGGCCGACAGCAGUGCGGCGGGAAUGCUAAGUUGGGUGGCCUGUGCCAGCAAUGCCUCGGCUCCCCAGUCGCCGCAGCACAAUGGCAGUGGCCUGGGAGCCAGUUCGUCGCAGCAUGGCGACGCUUCCAACAUGUCCAUUCUCUUCGAGAACAGCAGGGAUGCCUUUCCCGUUUCGCGCUACUACAAACGGAUGUACAUCCCACUGCAUCCGCCCACGGCGGACACCAGCCAAAUGCUAAUCAUGCGCUUCCUCACGAGCCUGGGCGAAUAUCAGGAGUUCCUGGCCAUGGCCUUCGAGAACAAUGUGAUGCAGCUGAUUUUCGGCUACCUAGAGAACUUGGAUCGCCGGGACACUUGUUUGGCCUACGAGGUGCUGAAAUAUCUGGCUUCUCUUCUUUGUCACAAGAAGUUCGCCUUAGAAUUCAUUUCGCACGGCGGACUAGAGCUGUUGUUGAAGGUGCCACGUCCCAGUUUGGCCACCACGGGUGUAUCGAUCGCCAUCUACUACCUAGCGUACUGUGAGGACGCCAUGGAGCGCAUCUGCAGCAUGCAACGGCCACUCAUUUCGGAGCUGGUGCGCUACGCACUGUGGAUCCUGGGUCGAUGCCAUGAUUCCUCCAAGUGCCAUGCCACCAUGUUCUUCAGUCUGAGCUUUCAGUUUAAGGUCAUUUUGGAGGAGUUUGAUGCCCAGGAUGGGUUAAGGAAGCUCUACAAUGUGAUCUCCGUGCUGAAGAUCCUUGAUCCAAGCCACAACGACAGCGACAACGACUCGGAGAUAAACGAAGACGUGGAGUGUGCCUCGCGACAAAUGGUGCGCCAUGUCUGCGUAGCGCUUAAGCGGUACAUGGAGGCGCAUUUUUUCUACAAGUACAACAGCUUCCUGUGCCAGCACAACGCGGCAUCCUCGUCGCCAUCCUCGGCACACUUCUUUAGCCAGAAUCCCACGGUUGCGGCCAAGCUGACAUUUGACCAGUUGCACGACCAGAUUCGCACGCUCCAGGAGCAUACCUCUAUCCGGGCGCACUGGCAACCGGUGGAUCAGCUGAUGAAGCUCGGCGGCAUCACCAUGCUGCUCAGGAUAAUCGCCUUCAGCUACGAUUGGGUGAACAGCGGGCGUUCGGAGACAGUGCGUUCGGCCCUGGACGUGCUCAGUGUAUGCUGCAUAAUCCCACGGGUCUAUGUGGUGCUCUGCGAGCGUUUGCUGAUGCUGGACAAGACGACCACCUCGGGUUUCUGCUCGGUACUGGGUGCGGCUGCCGGAGAGAUCACCUCGGAUGCGGAGGUGCUCAAGUCGGCACUGGCGGUGCUCUGCCACUGCGUCUGCUCUCCCAUUAUCCGCAAGGACAGCGGCACUAGCUUGAUCAAGUUCGGUAAUUCCUCGAGAAAGAACAAAGCGAACCACAAGUACGCCGAGGAGCUGAUCGAGCGAGUGUGGGAGUCCGUGUGCUCCAACAACGGCAUCGUAGUUCUGCUCUCGUUGAUGCAGACCAAAGGACCGAUCACGGAUGCGGACUGCAUCCGAGGCAUGGCCUGCCGAGCACUGGCGGGACUAGCGCGCUCGGAUCGGGUCAGGCAGAUCGUCAGUAAACUGCCCCUCUUCGCCGGCGGACAACUGCAGACUCUGAUGCGGGAUCCCAUACUGCAGGAGAAGCGAGCCGAGCACGUGAUCUUCCAGAAGUACGCCCUGGAGCUGCUCGAACGAGUGUCGGGCAAAACCAAGCCGCUGAACAACCCGCUCGAUCCGUCGCUCUCCAACAUGCACAAAGCCAAUGUGAUUGCCCAGACGCGCAUCCAGUACAACAAGCAACAGCUGUACCAGCUCAUCUUCGAGCACCUGGAGAGCAAUGGUCUUUCCCAGACCGCCCAAAUGCUGCAGCGCGAGGUGGGACUUCCGCUGCAGACACCCACCACGCGUAGCUUCCACCAGUCUCCCUUCGACUACAAAGCACUUCCCAGUGGGAGCGGCUCGCUGUCCAGAAACCGCCUGCGCAGCCGCAUGCAGGAUGUGAAUGCAGCGAUAAUGGCCAGCGGCGACCUGAACAGGAGCUUCGGCGAGGACUCCUCGCCAGCUGGCGGAGCAGGCAGCAGCAGCAGCGCCGCUCUGGAAGGCGUCAGUAUACCCAACUUUGGCUGUCUAAACACGACACAGACGCCCAUUAAAAUCCGGAGAACGGACCGGAAUUCGGUGAGCCGGUCGAUUCAGAAGCAAAUGCUGGAGCCCGGUGGCAUGUCAAUGGCCAGUCUGCCGGACGAUGCACCAUUUCACCCGAAGAGGAUCACCCUGAACACCAUCGUCACGGAAUACCUCACCAACCAGCACUCGCUGUGCAACAAUCCGGUGACCACCUGUCCGCAGUUCGAUCUGUACGAGCCGCACAAGUGUCCGGAUCCCAAGCCCAGUCGUCUGCUGAGCUCCAACUACAACCUGACCAGCAGACAUGCGCGUACGCAGGCAGGAUUCAAUACGGGACGCUUUGACCGUCGCUAUGUGCACACGCACUUCUCGCCGUGGCGCAGCAUUCGAUCGGCGGACUACGAGGAUCUGGAGUUCACCUGCUGCGAUCUGGUGGGCAAGUACAUCAUCGUGGGCACCCAGCAGGGCGACGGGCGAGUGUUCAACAUGAACGACGGCGUGGAGCAGUUCUUCUCCAACUGCCACAACUUCAGCGUGGAUGCCAUCAAGGCCAACAGGGCUGGGGAUCUGGUGAUCACGUCUAGCUUCUGGCGCACGCCCACCAGCAUUCUGUGGUCCAUUGCGGACGAUGAGUUCAAGCUGAAACUGCGUCUUCCCGAUGUCACCUACUGUGAAUUCAGUCAGACGGCGCAGGAUCGCCUCCUGGGCACACAGAACGAGUGCGCCACACUCUUCGACAUCAACACCGGGUCCAAGGUGGCCUCUUUCACGCCAACCAUACCCAAUCUCUACACCAAAAACAGAGCUACUCUUUGCCGAACCGAUGAGCUGAUUUUGUCGGAUGGCGUGCUAUGGGAUGUGCGUUCCGGAAAGGAGAUUCACAAGUUCGACAAGUUCAAUCAGUGCAUAUCGGGCGUCUUCCAUCCGAAUUGCCUGGAGAUUAUUGCCAACACCGAGGUGUGGGACCUGCGCACCUUCCAUCUGCUGCAGACUGUGCCGGUGCUGGAUCAGCGGAACUGCACCUUCUCGCCGAUGCACGUGAUAUAUGGGGCCAGUUUGGGGGCGGACAGGGACCACGACAUGGAGACGACCACGUACGACACCAGCUUCAACGUGCUGGACGCCUACGACUACUCGAGCAUUGCGACCAUUGACGUGAAGCGCAACAUCAACGAUCUGAGCGUCAGCGCCAACGGGAGCCUGAUCGCAGUGGUCGAGGACUACAGCGGCUAUGAGUCGAAGCAGGAGACCUACGUGAAGAUCUACGCGGUGGGCGUCAAGAAGAGCGAGCGCUCGGAAGAGGAAGAUGAUGAGGAGGUGCCCGAAUCUGAUGAGGACGGUUCGGAUACGGGCUCCGAGAACACGUUUGCUCUAGGUCCGAAUUUCAUGGGAUUCCCACUGCUGCGCAACCUGAACGGCUCGGACAACGAUGAGGAUGGGGACCUCGAUGAAGACGACGACGACGGAGACCUGCUGGACUCCGAUGACGAUGACAUGGACGACGACGACGACGGGAUCAACAAUCCCGAUGACGCUGGUGACUUUGACGAAUUGUUCGAAUACUUCUCCAGAAGCAGCUCAGACGAUUGAGCCCACUCCUCAUCCACACCACCAACACUACUGCUCCUCCACCGAUCCACCACUGCUCCACCACAGCUCCAUUGUUCCCCCUGUGUCUCUUCUCGUGUUGUUCGAUCCUCUUUGUUAUCCGCAGCGCGCACGGAGGGAUGAGAUCACCAGAUCACCAGAUCACCAGAUCGCCAGAUCACCGAUCAACAGUCGUCGAUAGUUUUAGUGAUUUAGACCGUAAGCUGUUACAUUUAAAUUGUUAUUUUUGAAUUUUGUACAAAUCAAAUACGAAUGCCGCAAGAAAGCAUUAUAGCCAGCAAAAGAUUACUAUUGGGAUCGCAUGAUGAAUACCGACUGUGAGAAUCAAAUCUGUAAAUUGUCCAACAAUUUCCUCUGUACAAACAUAAAUAAGAAUUGUAUACUUUUGCUAUUAAAACGAAAAUAAAAGAUCUUGUUAGAAUCAAAUGUUGCCUGUAUGCUGUAGAACGCUAGGUAAUCCUAGAACCAAUUUCCAAUUUUAGUAUAAUUUUAAGCGCUACUUUUUAGAACCCCCCCCCUACUGUCUU